AGCAUGCAAAUAAUUAAAAUUUAUCUGCGAAUCUACAAAGAAAACUAUGAAACGCGUUCGUUUUAAUUACGUUGUACUUUUUACUUUUAUUUUAAUGCGAGAUCAAACCAAAGUAAAGAUAUUAAAUUAGUGCUAAAAUCGCAACAAGGUAUUUUCCUUUCAAACGCAUCAGACACACAUUACACCUUGUUGCUAAUCAAAUUCUGAUAAUCGCUUGUCAUGUUGUGUGUUGUAUCGGUUUGCUCAGACGACAAGAUGAAACAGUCUCAGCAAGAUGGAGAAAAGUUUAUUGUAAGCUGUUAAUGUGCGACAUUUAAAGGUGUUCCGAUGGCUCUCAAUGCAUGGCAUGGGCAAGUUUUCCUUUUGAGUUUCAUUUAAUUCCUUAGAAAAUCUUACAUGUAAUCAGAAAAGAUUGCGUAGAAUCAAUAUAAAAUGUAUUUAAUAAAUUAAAAAUUAAAUUUAAAAAUUAUAUUAAAAAAUAAUUUAAUAUUUUUUGUUUUUGAACACACAAAUCAAAUAAUAAUUAACGUAUUGCCCAGUAAAAUAAAUUAUUUUAUCAUGACAUUGAUGUUUAUUCUAAUGUGGGACAACAUCAAAACAUGGAUUCCAGAAUUUCCAGUUAAGAACAUUUCUAAAAUGCGAAUUUCAAAUGCUUCCCUAAUAUCUUGCUCUCUUCAGUACGGAUAAGAUUUAGAUAAGCAUCCUUGUUUUAAAGACUUUUAGGGGCCGUUAAAAGGAACAACCGAAAUUCUCCUUUGAAGGGAUUUAGUCCAAGUGAAAGCCCCAGAGAGAGCUUUGGAGCACAGCUGUCAAUCAACUGCCUGGCCCCACCCAUUGGUGCUGCUCGUCCUAUAAAGAGAGCCAGCGACUAUUAGGGGAAUAUCAUUUAAACACCAGAGCUCAGGGAGUAAGGAUGCCUGCUUCACCUACCGGGUUUGGAAACUUCUUCAUGGACAGAAACAUCAACAUUCCCGCUGGAUAUCAAUUAUUGGGCUGCCCACCAGGAAUGCAACAGCCACCGGCACAUAUGGUGGGCAUGACUGGGAUGCCCUUACCUUUCUCAGGAAUACCAGGGUACAGUUUCAUCCCAUACCCUCAUCCAGGACACCUGGCACACAUUAGCAAUGCUUAUGAUAUCAAGACUGCAUCAUCAUAUCACCAAGCUCUUCUCGGUCGUGGUGGACCCUAUUACGCUCCGUAUCGCCCCAUGCCAGCGGAUGACCCCAGCCGGGUAACCAAAGUGGCCACCCGGGAGAGCACGAGCGCACUGAAAGCCUGGCUCAGCGAGCACCUGAAAAACCCUUAUCCCACCAAAGGGGAAAAGAUCAUGCUUGCCAUCGUCACCAAAAUGAGCCUCACACAAGUUUCGACGUGGUUCGCCAACGCUCGGCGUCGCCUCAAGAAGGAGAACCGGGUCAGCUGGGCCUCCAAAGGAAAGUCUGACGAGGAGGAUGAGGAAGAGGACGGUGAAAGCGAAGAAGAGGGUUCAUUGAGAAAAGACGCAGAGGAUGAGGAUGAGAUCGAUCCUCAGACAGUUGAUGAGGAGGAUGUAGAGGUGUCAAAUGAGCGUCUAGUAGAAGGACUUGACCAUAAGGAAAGUGUGAAGUCCGAGACUUCAUGUGAAACCAGAAGCGAAGUGUGUAAGCAAGAUGCUGAAGUCCAAAAACCCAAAAUAUGGUCGCUUGCUGAAACCGCGACCUCAGACAUUGUCAAGAAACCAAACGAUAUGAAGCUUCUUCAAAGCCAGAGUCCAGAUUUUGGGAAAUGGUGGGCUGGCUGGCCUUCAAGGGAAACAUAUUCGCCUGUCAACCUCUCCACACACGAUCUUCUCAAGCAGAAAUAAUUAAUGAAACGGGUUUUUCUAAGACACUACAGACUCAAUCUUGCACUUUGAAACCUUUAAAUCCUUGGAAACUUUUGUGGAAGUUUGCCUACAAGAUUUAUUGCAAUGGCUGGUUUAAAAACCAAAGUUUUGUGUGUAAAUAUUGUACAUUUUAUUUUGUUUAAAUUAUAAAUGCAUUUAACUGA